AUGGUACGUAUAGAGUUUCAAAUGGAGAGACUGAAACUUGAGGUAGAGCAAUGUGUUAAAAGAGUUGAAAAUAUCAAGACGGAAGUCAGUGAUCAGAUGAAAACAAAUCGACAAGAGCUUGAAAAUGGCUUCGAGACCAGUAUGAUAGAAGUCGGUAAUGUCACAGUGGUUAAGGCAAAGCUUCUUAAACUUCAAGAUACUGUAACACCAACUAUUGCAUUUAAGGCAAGAUUAAAUGCCGAUACUGCAGUGGUGGGAAGUCAGACAAUAGUGUUUCCAGUAUUCAUCUUCAAGGAAGGAGAUGCAUAUAACCCAGAUACCGGAAAAUUUACAGCACCCGUCAGUGGGGUGUACAUGUUCAGUUUAGCUUUCUGCGUUUAUCCAAAGAAAGAGAUACUUAUAAGUAUAAUGAUUGAAGGAACAAGAUAUACAACGUCAUUGUUCAAUGGUUAUGAUAACCAUGGAUGUCCAUCUGCUGAUACAGUUGCCAUAGUGACCGCCGGACAGAAGGUAUGGGUCGGGGCUUUACUAGGCGGUAUUGAUACUGGCAUCAUUAUAUUUCAGAAUGAUUCAUUUCGUUGGAAUACAUUCUCCGGGGCAUUAAUAAAUAGGAGGAUUUAA